AAAAAAGAAAUUGUCAAUAAGAAAGAGAAGGGCAACAAAAUCUAAUGAGUAUUUGACUAUCUAUCAUUCUCUCUCCACAAUUUAUUUCCUUUAUUAAUAAUUAAAAAACCCUUUUCUCGGCAAACCCAAAUAAUCCCUUUUUAUGCUUUUUAUACACUCUUCUUCACAACAACUUCUCUUCCUCAUUUUUGAAUUAGGGUUUCUAUUUUUUUCUGUUUCUUCUUCUCUUACAUCUCAAUCUCCUUCCUCCCCCAAUCGUCUAUUCUACUAGCCGUUAUUUUCUCUUCCCGCCAAUUUCAUUCUCAUCCUAGCCGUUGUUCCUCUUUUUUCAAAUUCCCGCCGUUAGAUCUGGGGUUUUUUUGUUUCCCUCAAAAUUUUGACUGUUGUUUGCUGGGCUUGACUCAAAAUGUCUGAGGUUGAAUUGGAGAAGAAAGUCGAAGAAGAGGAGGAAAAGAAGGUGGUGAAGGGAGAACUCUUGUUUUGUGGUUCCACGUGUUGGGAUUUGAUUGGUCGUCGUAAGGGCACUCUUGAAGGCAACUUGGUUUCCCCCACUCGCCUCCGCCCUUUCGUUGGUAUUGACAUCCGGUUUGUUGCCUCCGGUUGCGCAUCGUGUCAUUGUGUGGCGUUAGAUGUCGAAGGGCGUUGCUACACAUGGGGACGUAAUGAGAAGGGUCAACUGGGUCAUGGGGAUAAAAUUCAGCGUGAUAGGCCAACCGUUGUCUCUGACCUUUCAAAGUACAAAAUUACGAAGGCUGGAGCAGGGAGGAACCAUACUGUUGUGGUUACUGAAGAUGGUAAUUCCCUAGCCUUUGGUUGGAAUAAGCAUGGGCAACUGGGUUCAGGUUCAGUAAAAAAUGAAAUUGAGGCAUCUCCUGUUCGCUGUCUUGUGUCUGAAGUGAAAAGUACUGCAUGUGGGGCUGACUUUACCGUGUGGUUAACAUCUGCUGAAAGCGCAUCUAUACUGACUGCUGGCCUUCCACAGUAUGGUCAGCUUGGGCAUGGAACAGACAAUGAGUAUAAUACUAAGGAUAGCUCUGUGAGGCUUGCUUAUGAAGCUCAACCUCGCCCUAAAGCUAUAGCUUCUCUUGCUGGAGAAACCAUUGUCAAAGUUGCAUGUGGAACAAACCAUACAGUGGCUGUGGAUUCAAAUGGCUAUGUUUACACGUGGGGCUUUGGUGGAUAUGGGAGGCUCGGACACAGAGAGCAGAAAGAUGAGUGGGUCCCUCGUCGUGUUGAUGUCUUUCAGAGGCAAAAUAUUCUGCCUCCUGAUGCUGUCAUUUCAGCUGGUUCUAUGAACUCUUCAUGUACUGCCGGUGGUGGGCAGUUGUACAUGUGGGGCAAGAUAAAGAGUAAUGGUGAUGACUGGAUGUAUCCUAAACCUCUCAUGGAUUUAAGUGGUUGGAAUUUACGUUGCAUGGAUUCAGGCAACAUGCACCAUUUUGUUGGUGCUGAUUCCUCCUGCAUCAGUUGGGGCCAUGCUCAAUAUGGAGAGUUAGGGUAUGGCCCUAAUGGACAAAAAUCUUCAGCCAUGCCCAAAAAGGUAGAUAUUCUCGAGGGCAUGCAUGUUAUGAGUGUUGCAUGUGGUUUUGGCCAUUCCAUGGUUAUAGUUGAUAGAACAAAUGUUGGUGACCGGCUUGAUCAGCUUGAUAUCCAUGAUGGCAAAGCCACCUGUGAAGUGAAUGAGGAACCGGAGAAUAAAACUCCAGUUCCCACAAAAAGGAGUGCUGCUAAAGGUUCUGAUAAAUCGAAGAAGAGGAAAAAAUCAAAAAGCUCCUCAGAGUCGGAAGAGGAGGAACAGAGCAGUGAUGAUGAGAGUGACAACAGUGAAGAGGCUAAUGGAGUAAUGGACCAUAAGAAACGGUCAGGCGGGAAGAGCUCUGGCAGAGGUCGAGGUAAGAGGGCUAGUAGCACAUCAAAAGACGGAAAAGGUGCAGGGCAUGGCCGGGGUCGCCCUCCUUCGGCAAAUAAAAGCUCACAAUCUAACCAAGAAAAAACUGGAAAGCGGGGACGCCCUCGCAAGUCAUAACUCACAUGCUCCCUCACCAAAUCAGAAAUUUUGUUAUCUCUAUGUAGAGAUGAAAGUGUUCAUUUAUAUUGGCCGGUGUAUUUGCAUUAAUUUUUAUCCUUUUUUGUUCAAAAUUUGAUUUCAAAAAACUUUCUCACCUUACUAUCAUGCUUGGUUGUUCAAAACAACCUUACUGGACUAAUUCUUGUAAUUUGUGGUCAGGAAGUUGAGAAUUGUUCGAGUGCUGAUUGUACCAAAAUUCUUGUUUCAAGGAAAUUUUCUUAGUUCAUAUAUUCA